AUGGCAGAUGACGCGGACAUGCGCAAUGAGCUGUCAGACAUGCAGCAACGCGCCGACCAGCUGGCCGAUGAGUCGCUUGAGAGCACCCGUCGUAUGCUGCAGCUAGUGGAAGAGAGCAAAGAUGCCGGCAUCAGGACUUUGGUUAUGUUGGACGAGCAGGGAGAGCAACUCGAUCGUGUUGAAGAUGGCAUGAACCAUAUCAACCAAGACAUGAAGGAAGCCGAGAAAAAUUUAAAAGAUUUAGGGAAAUGCUGUGGGCUUUUCAUAUGUCCAUGUAACAAGAUGAAGAGCGGAGCCAGCAAGGCCUGGGGGAACAAUCAGGAUGGGGUGGUGGCCAGCCAGCCCGCCCGUGUCGUGGACGAGCGCGAACAGAUGGCCAUCAGCGGAGGCUUCAUUCGCAGGGUAACAGACGAUGCCCGGGAAAAUGAGAUGGAUGAGAACCUGGAGCAGGUGGGAGGCAUCAUCGGUAACUUGCGCCACAUGGCCCUGGACAUGGGCAACGAGAUCGACACCCAGAAUCGCCAGAUCGACAGGAUCAUGGAGAAGGCCGAUUCCAACAAGACCAGGAUUGACGAGGCCAACCAGCGCGCCACAAAGAUGCUGGGCAGUGGCUAA